AUGAUGCUGUGUCGUGCCCUUCGUCCCAAAAAUCUUCCUUUGCUCUUCCACAAGCCCAAAGUGAAUCCAUGUGAACUCUGGGGAGCUCCAUUUGGAUCCCUUUUCUCCACACACAUUGUCAGUGACAAGCCGAUUCUUGUUCGUGAUUUCAUUCAUUCUGCAUUAUACGAUCCGAAACAUGGGUAUUUCUCUCAAAGAUCGAAAUCGGUUGGAGUGCUUCCCAGAGCAAUUAAGUUCAAUCAGCUUGAGGGUAGGAAAGGUUAUAUGAAAUACUUGGAUAAAAUUUACAAAGAAAGUGAGGUAUCAUGGUUUACUCCUGUGGAAAUUUUUAAGCCUUGGUAUGCGCAUGGGAUUGCUGAAGCCAUAAUGCGUACUGCUAACCUUUCAGUUCCCCUAAAGAUAUAUGAAAUUGGUGGUGGAUCAGGAACUUGUGCAAAGGGAAUUAUGGAUUACAUCAUGCUGAAUGCACCGCCAAGAGUUUACAACAAUAUGACUUACAUCUCAGUUGAAGUCAGUCCCUCGCUGGCUGAGAUACAAAGAGAAACUGUUGGAGAAGUCUGUAGUCACUUAUCAAAGUUUCGAGUAGAAUGUCGUGAUGCUACUGACCGGAGUGGAUGGGGAGAUGCGGAGCAACAACCAUGUUGGGUAAUAAUGCUUGAGGUACUUGAUAAUCUUCCACAUGAUCUUAUCUACUCAGAAAAUCAAGUUUCCCCAUGGAUGGAAGUAUGGGUAGAGAAGCAACAGGAUAGGGAAACACUGUCUGAAUUGUAUAAGCCAUUGCAAGACUCACUAAUUAAACGAUGCGUUGAGAUCAUCGAUUUGGACAAAAAACAUGAUUCUCAAAGCAGUGCAAUACUAAAAGCAAAAAGUGUUUGGUCUAAAGUCUUUCCAAAGCCUCAAAGAUGUUGGCUGCCAACUGGUUGCUUGAAACUGCUUGAAGUUUUGCAUGAGGUGCUACCAAAGAUGUCUUUAAUCGCUUCAGACUUUAGUUACCUACCUGACGUAAGAAUACUUGGUGAAAGAGCUCCAUUGGUUUCAACCAAGAAAGAUGGCAGCAGCUCAGAUUAUAGCAGUUAUCUAGAUGCAAGGAUCAUCCUUGCAAAAAGUCAAACAAAUCGGAAACCGUUUCGACAUCCAAUUGUGUCCUACAAAAUCAAUGAACACGGUGCUUCAAAAAAGUACUAA